AUGAUCACAUACGAUACGUUGAAACUAGUCACCGAGCAGUUGUCUCCACCUUCUCGACUCAAUAUGGCGGCCAUUUAUCAGAGAUGCUUCGAUUUGGCGACAAAGUGGCAUGAUGUCAAGACCAUUUUGUUCGACGGCGAGAAUGUGACUAUGGUCGGUGCGAAUUUUGUGCACACGUUCCAGAACUCUUCCUUUGACGGAGCCAAUAAUAAUAAGCAAAAUGUGUCCAGCUGUGAAAAAGCUGAUUAUUCAGUCGAAAUUAUCUGACGUAGAAGCACAAAGACUCAACCAACUCAACUUGAAACUCACCAAGCUGUACAUCAGCAAUGAAAACUUGGGGUAAGCCACAGUCAAGACAACAGUCACAAAAUUACAAUUUUUCGGUUUAAUUAACUUUCCAAAGUUUGAAAGACUCCGGACUCUUCAUCUUGUGGUCGAUUGCAACAAAAAACCGAAGAUAGUGGAUGUUGUUGAGCCCAGAGUUCUGACAGCUUGCUUCCCACAAACGCUUACUCGUGUAUGUUUGACAGGAAUUUACCUGACUGAAAGCCUGAUUGACCACAUGGUUUCUCUGAAAAACUUGGCGAGCUUGGACAUGGUUGGAUGUUUGGUCGAUACACGUGCCGGUGCCAAAUAUGUUCCAAAACUUGAACAAAUGAAAAACCUCGAUGAUCUGAGCAUCCCUCCAUCGAUGUUCUCUCUCACUUCAACAGCAAAGACAUCAGUUGAUUUUAACUUUCGUCAGCUGACAGUUUCGAAGAUUUCGAUUUUUAUGGACCAGUUCGAGGAUGUCACUUUUUACGAUCAGAUCAGACAUUUUUUGCCGAAAAAUCUCCAAUGUCUUGUGAUUUUUGGAAACUAUGGUCCAUUGAAGAAAAAGAACCGAUUGAACGCAGUCAAGAACUUUGUGAUUCUCCUCGGUCCAAACGCUCCACUCAGUUCUUGUCCAAAGGAAAAUCUGGCUAAUGUGACCAUUCUAUCGCAUUUGGUCCGUCGUCCACCAUACAUUCCGACGACAAAUAGUUCAAACUUUUUAAGACGUCACGAUGUCUCAGUUGGAAAUCUAUCCUGGCAGUUUAGCUUGGUUGAGUGGAAGAAUAACAAUGGAGCCAAGAAAGAUGUGAUGGCGUUGAGAACUCGUCUGAAUGCGGCUCCAAAUGAAGAUUUGGUAUUUGAGGGAGUCGUUAUUGCACCGCCCGUGAUUCGUGAGAGAUUGAGAGAGAAUCGUCGCAUGCCGAUGCAACACCUUGUGCUUCCAGUUACUCCUCCGUUCGAUGAGCCUGAUGAUCCUGCUCCACCAUUGCCAGUUGCACCUCCUCCUCUCCAUGGACCGAACAACAACGGCAAUGGACCAGCUCAAAAUGGAAACUAGCA